AAAAAGAAUUAUUUAUUUUCACUUUCCUCUCUCCGUUUUCUUUCUCCCUAAAAAUCAAAAACCAAACACCGACCAAACCUACCCUAAACCAAACCCUUCUCCAUUUUCCUCCGUUCCCAAUUUUCUCCUCUCCUCGCUCCGAUCUCCACUGUCAACAGCGAAAUUCGCUUCGUUUCUUCGCCAAUCGAGCUGAGAAGAGAGAAAAAAAGAGUGAAUCGUUGUUGAGAUUUCAACAAAUUUAGCUGCAUGAGCUGGUUUGGAAAACUGCGUUUAUUCUCCAACCUCAAUUCGUUUAACUUCGUUACUUCUUUGUUGAUUUUUAUUCUUCAUUUCUCACCUCAAUCAAAUUCGAAUUCUAAUAGUAAUCGUAAUCUAAUUAGUAAUUUUGAUUCUUCCUACAACUAUGGAGUCACGAAUUAAGAUGAAUCCCAAUUCUCGCAAAGGUUUUUUCUAUGCGAAUUUUGACCAGCAGUCUGUGAGGUCGCCGUCUGUUAUUGUCAUAGGCGGUGGCAUGGCCGGGAUUGCUGCUGCCCGGGCACUUCAUGAUGCCUCUUUUCAGGUUGUUCUUUUAGAAUCCCGCGAUAGAGUUGGUGGCAGGAUACACACUGAUUACUCAUUUGGUUUUCCUGUUGACCUUGGUGCAUCAUGGUUGCAUGGAGUUUGUAACGAGAAUCCUUUGGCUCCGUUGAUUGGGAGGCUGGGACUACCUCUUUACCGUACUUGUGAGGAUAACUCUGUCCUUUAUGAUCAUGAUUUGGAAAGCUAUGCACUCUUUGAUAUGGAUGGAAAUCAAGUUCCACAAGAGUUGGUUAAAGAAGUUGGUAAAAUCUUUGAAACAAUUUUGCAAGAGACGGAUAAUGUAAGACAGGAACACAGUGAAGACAUGUCCAUUCAACGAGCACUUUCAAUUGUUUUUGAAAGAAGGCCAGAACUCAGGUUGGAGGGCCUUUCACACAAGGUGCUUCAAUGGUAUUUGUGCCGAAUGGAGGGCUGGUUUGCCGCAGAUUCUGAUUCCAUAUCAUUAAAAUGUUGGGACCAGGAAGAAUUGCUCCCUGGUGGUCAUGGUCUUAUGGUCAGAGGCUACUUGCCUGUUAUACAUACCCUAGCAAAGGGUCUUGACAUUCGACUGGGACACAGGGUGACAAAGAUAGAUAGGCGAUUUAAUGGAGUAAAGGUGACUGCUGAAAAUGGGAAGACAUUUGUUGCUGAUGCUGCUAUCAUUGCCGUACCCCUUGGAGUGCUGAAAGCAAACAUCAUAAAAUUUGAGCCAAAGCUUCCAGAAUGGAAAGAAGCUGCGAUUGCUGAUAUUGGGGUCGGAGUUGAGAAUAAAAUAAUAUUACACUUUAAAAAUGUAUUUUGGCCCAAUGUUGAGUUCCUGGGAGUUGUUGCCGAUACAUCUUAUGGAUGCAGCUACUUUCUUAAUCUUCACAAAGCUGCUGAUCACCCUGUUCUUGUUUACAUGCCUGCUGGGCGGCUGGCCAAAGACAUUGAGAAAAUGUCUGAUGAAGCAGCUGCCGACUUUGCUUUCACACAACUCAAGAAGAUCCUUCCAGACGCCUCCCCACCGAUUCAAUAUCUCGUGUCGCACUGGGGUAAAGAUAUUAAUUCACUAGGUUCCUAUAGUUAUGACGCAGUUGGGAAACCGCAUGGUCUGUAUGAGAGGUUGCGGGUUCCUGUAGAUAACUUAUUCUUUGCAGGGGAAGCAACGAGUGUACUAUAUACAGGGACCGUUCAUGGUGCAUUCUCUACUGGAACAAUGGCUGCCGAAGACUGCAGAAUGCGUGUCCUAGAAAGAUACGGCGAGUUAGACAUAUUCCAGCCAGUGUUAGAUGAGGGUUCAGCCAUACCACUUCUGAUAUCUCGUUUUUGAUCAUUUGGAUGCCUUGUGCUGCUGCCCCCUUAUUAUAUUGUCUUUCCUCAAUGUUGUUAUGAAUAAUAGACUGGUCAAUCUCUGUUUCUCUAUAGUUUUGUGAUUCCUAGAGGUUGCAUAAUAUCAUGAGGUGUUUGGAAAGACCAUUUUUUGUGUAAUAAUUUGGAAACAACAUUUAGUUAUAUAUUCCACUAUACAUUUUGUAA